AUGCCGGCCGCGCUCAAGACUGGCGCUGAUGCGCGCGCCAUGCGUAUGACCAAGUAUCCAGACAUCUUCAACAAGAAAGUUGACAUGACCAAGGUCAAUCUGCCGGUGAUCAAGAAAUGGGUGUCGGACGAGAUCGCCAAGAUCCUCAACAGCGACGACGACGUGGUGACGGAGAUGAUUUUCACCAUUAUUGAGGGGUCAAAAUCGCCCAACAUCAAGCAGCUUCAGACCGAUAUCACUGGCUUUCUCGACAAGGACGCCGCGCCAUUCUGCCUCGAAUUGUGGAAGUUGUGCCUCAGCGCACAGGACAGCCCGAAUGGCAUCCCGAAAGAGCUGCUUGAGGCGAAGAAGCUGGAGCUCAUACAGGAGAGGCACGGGUCCGCGAGCGAGAGCGAGAGCGUGGCCAGCGAGGUAGAGGCGGCAGAGGCGGUCGAGGUCGCGGCCGCGAUCGUUCUUCAGACCGACGUCCAAUGUCACGCGACUCCCGAUCACCACCAAGAAGAGGCGGACGAGACUCGAGAAGCGGCAUUGACAGCUACGUGCCCGGCGGAGGCCGCGGUGGACGCGACAAUCCUCUUCGACGUCGACGCUCGCCAUCAUAUGGUCGAUCGCCAUCUCGCUCACGUUCCCCGCCACGUUGGCGCAGACGCCGCAACACCUCGUCCCCCGAGUCUCGAUCUCGCUCACCACCUCGGAGGAGGAACAGGUCCAGUAGCAAUGGACCGGCUCGGCGUAGAUCGCGGUCGCCUCCACCGCGGAGACGCCGCCGAUCACCUUCUUACUCUGAUGAUUCUCGCUCACCUCCAGACAGGCGCCGACGUCGACCAUCCCGCUCACGAUCACCACCGCGCCGUCGAGCUCGCGACGACAGCUCCCGUUCACGCUCCCGUACACCUGCCUCCAAGCGUCGUAGUCGAGAGUCCGGAGACUUGAUGGCUAGCAGGUCCAAGAAGAAUGAGUAUCGCCUCAGCCGUGAGGGAUCAACAUACAGUGCAGCAUCGGACGGCAAGCGACGUGGUUCGCAAUCAAGCGAGCAACCGGCCAACGGCGGCGCAAAGGACGAGGUGAGCAAUGGCGCAUGAUAAUCCGCGCAUAUCAUCCUCACAAGUAUAGCAUAAACAGUAUAUUGAGAUAACGAAGCACGACGAAAAUUUCUU